CCCCCCUCCUUCUUCCGACCUUCUUCACUCUUUUCACGCUUCCUGCUCUGCUCGCAUUGCCCCCGUGUUCCGCCCCUUUCAUACCCUUGUUGCCACGCACCGCGAUAAAAGCCUGCCUUCGCUCCCGUCUAGCAGGCCCACCCACGACUGACACGUCACACACCGCCCACCGCACUACACCCACCACACCACCGCUCCUUACGCGCACGCACUGGCAUUCCUCUUUCCUUUCUCUUUCUAGAAAAGAGUAACUUUCUUAUCUUAGGCAAGCUUCGUUGCUUAUCUAAGCUUGUAUCCGACGCAUCACGGACUAAGUGAUAACGUAAGCACCCUUUUUUCUCUAUCUUGUUCUUCAGUUGCCGCCGCGCUUAAGUUCGCGCCAACCACGGUUCCUCCUCCAAUAAGCUGGCCCGUCCUGCUGGUAAAAAGAGUGACGAUAUCGGCGAAAUCUGCGUCUAUAUAAAGGCCUGUCCUCUUCCACUCUUCUUCCAAUCUCCUCGGCCUGCCUCCUAAACUUAAUCCAGACCUCAUUCAUCACCUCAAGCGGUUCGGACCCUGCCAUAUCACAGAAAGUGACUGCCACCGAUACCUCUACCCUCCUUGUUUGGAAAAGUCAUUUCUCAUCUACUACGCACCACUAGCUAUCAUCGAGAGGCACCCUCAUCUCAUCAUCAACUCUUUGCUCCUAGCGGCACAUUAGACGCGUCAUAUCACGACCCGAGGGCCCUUUGGUAUCUAUAAGUAUGGGAACGCCGCCGAAUGAAGGCACCGAAGCUAUUCCCAACCCUCUCCAGCUAGAUUCACAGUCCCAGCCUGAAGCUCAGGCUGAUUUAAACACCAAAAUUGAAUCUAGUUCAAAGGGUUUGCCUGAUAGGGUCAAGCCAGACUUCGAGCAAGUGGAAACUCCCGCUGCAAACGGAAGUUCCCAGCCACAGCUGAACGGCCAUUCAUCCAUAUCAAACGGCGUGGAAUCAAAGCCAGACGUACCCUCAGAGGCUGAUCUACUAUCCCCUGUCGACCAGCCGUCCAAUCAUAAAACCGCUGGUGUGGAAUCGGAGACUGCGGCCUUACAUCUAGGCGAGGCUACCAGAAACCAGGAUGUGAAUGGACAGCCGGAGAAGCGUCCUGCGGUAGAGUCCACUGACCUUGAUGCCAACAUGGAUGCGUCAAAGGAAGAUGUUAACAAGGGAGAUACUGCGAACGCGGAUACAGCGAUGGGUCAAGAUGAUGAGAUCGACCCUCUAUUCUCAUCAACUGAAGCUCCUGAGCCAGCUCCAUCUUCAGAGAAAGCCCCAGUGUCCGAACCAGCUCCAGCAACGGCGCCAACCUCAGCUCCUCCAGAAGGGCAGAAGAAGGAACAACAGGACAUGGACCAUGACAUGGAUGUCGCCCCUGCUCCGGUAGUAUCACAGGCUGAACCUUUGAAGACAGAGGACCAUACAGCGCCUACAGCAGUGCCUGAAAGCAGAGAAAAAGACAAGGAAGACCACGUUAUGGAAGAUGUGCCUGAGGUAGCUCCGUCAUCUACUGGAGAGGCAGCCACUACAAAGGUCUCUCGGGAACGCGAAGAUGAUGACGAUGGACGGGCAGCCAAACGUACAAAGACCGAAGACAUUAGCUCUGAUCACCCAGUGGCCGAAGCUUCAGCCCUUCCACCUUCAUCUUCUGGAGAGCCUGCUCCUCCUGCUCCUCCUGCGACUCCCGCCGCUGGCACUACGAAUGGCGUUCCAGACCUACACCGGGACCUGACCAAGGUUCAGGUAAAAUUUCUCAUCCGCACAAUCCAGUCCUUGAGGCGCAUUGGUGAUGGUCAGAUGUUCAAGGCUCCUGUCGAUAUAGUCAAGCUAAACAUACCCACGUACUAUGACUUUGUCAAGCAUCCGAUGGACCUGCAGACUAUGGAAGGCAAGCUCAAAUCAGAACAAUACCGAACACUCCAGGACGUCAUAAACGAUUUCGAGCUCAUGGUUAACAAUUCAAAAACAUUCAAUGGGCCUACUCAUGUGGUCUCACUGGCAGGUGAUCGUCUGUACGAGCACUUCCAAAAACAUCUCAAGAAGAUGCCUAGCCACGAUGCACCUGAAAUCACUCCCGCCGAAAAGAAGAGCAAGAAGGCUGCAAGUGUGCCAACUAAAACACAACCAUCUCGAAGAGAGACACGACCACCUGUUGCAGCACCCGCACCCCCUCCUCCGGCUGCUGCUGCCCCCGCUGCUGCCCCCGCGGCUCCACGGGCCAGUAAUGCUGGAUCCCCAACUUUUGCACUUGGUCCAGAAGGUCUCCCCCUUAUCCGUCGUGACUCGACUACGGCUGACGGCAGACCGAAGAGAUCCAUCCACCCACCUAAGAAUCGAGACCUACCUUUCUCCAUGAAGCCCAAGAAAAAGAAGUUCCAGCAAGAACUUAGAUUCUGCCAGGAGGUUCUUAAUGAACUACACAAGCAGAAAUACUACUCACACACCUCGUUUUUCUACUUCCCUGUCGACCCAGUUGCUCUCAAUAUCCCUAGCUAUCACAAUGUAAUUAAGAAACCGAUGGACUUGCAGACAAUGCAAAAGAAGCUUUCGGAGGGCCAAUACGAGAACGCAAAGGAAUUCGAGGCAGAUAUGCGUCUGAUUUUCAAGAAUUGCUAUAAAUUCAACAUCGUUGGCGACCCCGUGUACACUGCUGGAAAGGCUACUGAGGCGCUCUUCGAUAGCAAAUGGAGUCACAAGGAUGAAUGGGUACACAAACAUGAACCUGCCUCAGGCAAUCAGUCAGCCGGCACCUCCGAAGAAUCUUCUGAGGAAGAAGAAAAUGAGACCGACGAUGACCAGGAAAAACUGUCCAUGCUGCAGAAACAAAUUGCAGAAAUGUCAAAGCAGGUUGAGGCAAUCACCAAGAAGAAAAAGACCCCCCCUGCUUCGAAGAAGCUGAGCAAGUCUAAGAGUAAAAAAGAUGUGAAGAAAGGCGCUGCCAGAACGACCGACAAGAAGGAUAAGAAGGGCGGCGGCUCAAAGGUUAAAGGAGAGAAGGGUGGUCGCUGGGUCACCUACGAGGAGAAAUCCUUGAUCUCAAACGGAAUCAGCAGCUUAUCAGAGAAUAGAAUGCAGGAGGCAUUGACUAUUAUUCAGAAACACGUGCCUUCUCUUCGGGGCGUGGGCGAGGAUGACAUCGAACUUGAUAUCGACGAACUUCCAAACCAUGUUCUUGUGAUCCUCCUCAAAUUCGUCAAGAAGCAUGCUGCUCCUUCUAUUCUGGAGGGCUACGAGGAGCCAAGUGAACCAGAGCCUCUCCCUUCCUUGCCCCAGCCAAAACCCAAGAAGAGCAAGCCAAUGAACAAGACAGAGCAAGAAAAGCAAAUUCGUUCUUUGCAGAGUAACCUGUCUAAGUUCAAAGGCGGCGCUGGCGCUGCAGUGGCGACUACCGGGGGACCUUCUUAUGAACAGGCUCCCAAGUCCGAAAGCAGCGGUGACGACGAAGACUCGGAAGAGAGUGAAGAAGAGUAG